AUACUUCCAUGUUGUUUUCUCUCCAAGGACCCCCACGCAGAGGAGUUUGAAGACAAGGAGUGGACGUUUGUCAUAGAAAAUGAGUCUCCUUCAGGUCGUAGAAAGGCUCUGGCCAGCAGCAGCAUCAACAUGAAGCAGUAUGCCAGCCCCAUGCCCACACAGACUGACGUCAAGCUCAAGUUCAAGCCCCUCUCCAAGAAGGUGGUUUCUGCCACGCUACAGUUCUCCCUCUCCUGCAUCUUCCUCCGUGAGGGCAAGGCCACUGACGAGGACAUGCAGAGCCUUGCCAGCCUGAUGAGUAUGAAGCAGGCCGAUAUCGGCAACCUGGAUGACUUUGAGGAGGAGGACGAGGAGAAUGAGGAGAACAGGGCCAACCAGGAGGAGAAGGCUGCUAAAAUCACAGAGAUGGUAAACCAGCUCAAUGCUCUCAGCUGCUUAGCCGGAGAUCCUGAAGACUACUUCCUAAAGCUGGCUAGUAAAACACCAAGCAGCGCUCAGUCUCCCUCCCAAGAGCUGAUCAGUAAGCUGAACUUCCUGGAGGAGGAUCAGGACACGCCACCUGCCCUCUGCUCCAAUCCCUUUGAAGAUCCAGCUGAUGAUGUUGAUGACCCCUCCCACCUGGAACACACCAAUCACUUCAACCCGUUCGGUGACCCGGAUGAUGGUGACACAGGGCCCCCCUCCCUCACCCUCCGACAGGACCCAGUGGCCUACUAUGUCCAAGAAUCCUCCAACCCCUUCGACGAGGACGAAGUCAACCCACACUCACACACAGAGUACAACCCGUUUGACGACCAGGACCCAGACCUAGUCCCAGACCCCGACCCCCAAGGGCCCCAGGUCCAGCAGCCGGAGGCUCCCAAACCCAGGGGGAGGAAGGGGGUCAGGCCAGUGGAUAUGAGCAAGUAUCUGUAUGCUGAUACCAACGCACCACCAGAGGACCAACUGGAUGAAUCCAACCCGUUCUACGAGCCUCGGACCUCCAGCCCAUCCCGGCCCUCCAGGGGCCCCUCUCCAGACUUCAGUAACCAGAAGAGGAGAGCCCCGCUGCCUCCCAGACCUCCAGGUCCCAGCCCCUCGGCCCCCAACACCUCCAGGGAGGGGGCAGAGAGGGAGAGAUUCAUGCCCAGUGGACCCAGUGCCGUGGCAGCUGUGGUGGGGCGAGAGCUGGCCUUCUCCUCCCCUAAGCCCAGUCCUAUCCCGAGCCCAGUGCUUGGUGGGAAGCCCAACGCUAGCCAAUCCCUGCUGGCCUGGUGCCGUGAGGUCACAAAGAAUUACCGCGGAGUCAAGAUUACCAACUUCACCACAUCCUGGAGGAACGGCCUGGCAUUCUGCGCCCUUCUCCAUCACUUCAGACCUGAUUACAUAGACUACAAGGCCCUCAAUCCUCAGGAUAUUAAGGAAAACAACAAAAAGGCGUAUGAUGUUUUUGCCAGCCUGGGCAUCAGUCGUCUGUUGGAGCCAUCUGACAUGGUUCUGCUGGCCAUCCCUGACAAGCUGACCGUCAUGACGUACCUCUACCAGAUCAGAGCCCACUUCAGUGGAGAGGAACUCAACGUGGUGCAGAUAGAAGCCAACAGCAGCCGCAGCACAUACAAGGUGGGAGACUUCGAGACAGACACCAACGCCUCCAUCGGCCAGGACAAGUUCUAUGCCGAGCUAAACGUCAGUGACGCUAAUGCCCAGACCACUGGAUCCAGUGGGGACGUUAGCAUCGGAGCUAAUGGCGCUAGCGCCACCAAUGGAGCCGUGGGUAAAGAGGAGGAGGAGAUGGAGGUGGUGAGCGUGAGGAAGAGUGAGACUAUAUCUUUCUCCCUCCCUGACUUUGGGAUGUCCCCCUCCUCUCCCACCUCGCCCCCCCUCCCCUUGCCCCGCGCGGCUCUACCUCCCACCGCCACAGAGUCCUCCCAGCCCAGAGCCGCGCCUCGCUCCCUUGCCCCCACACCUCUAGGAGACGUUGGACGUCAACUACAACUACCCCUGAAGGCAGUCACCCUGGACCUGAGCCAGCUCCCUCUGAGGACGGAGAGAGGGAUAGAGAGGGAGACGAGGGAGCAGGAAGGGAUGAGGGGUGGAGCCCCAGACAACGGGGCCCUAGAUUCAGGGUUCCCUACACAGCAAGGGGCCUCUGGGCCCCCAGGGGCCUCGUCUCCCUCCUCCCACAAGCUGGGCUUCUCCUACAACUGUGAUGCUGACCUCAUCAAGAAGAAGAGGGCCAGCCUCCGUCACUCUGAGUCUGAGACCGCCUCCGACGGCAGCAGCCCCACCCCUAACAACCACGCUGACACGCCCACUAAACAGGAGCCAGCGCCCGUCCCCAGCUCCCCAGUGGAAAAGAAGGUGCAGUCUCGGCAGGAGGAGCUGAAGGAAAGAGCCAGGCUUCUCCUGGAGCAGGCCCGGCGGGAUGCUGCCAUGAAGGCCGGCAGCAAGCACACAGCCAAUUCAACUAACUCAGUCCCAGUUAAAACACCACAAGUCACUGACGAGAAGGAUGUGGAGCGUCGGAGGCAGCUGAGGGAGAGGGCCAGACAGCUCAUCGCCGAGGCUCGCUCUGGGGUCAAGAUCACAGAGAUGCCCCUUUACGACACGACCGCUGACCGAGGGAGAGGCAAAACCACUCCUACUGGAGAUGUGUUGGAUGGAGAUGCAGGUGAUGAUAAUGGGGGUGAGGAGGAGGGGGGGAGAGAUGAGGAAGAUCACCAUGAUGAAACUGUGACAGAGGCUGCUGCGGUAGAUACUAACCCUCCUGAGGCCCCUCCGACCUCCUCCACCAUCCAGGGGCAUCAGGAGUCUACUAACCCCAGCUCCGAGCUAACCUUUCUGGGUGUGAACAGUAAACACGUGGACUUGAAGCUAAAGAUGAUGGAGGUACGACCUGGAGGACCCAACUCUUCCUCCUCUCCUUCAUCCUCCUCUUCCUCUCCCUCCUUCUCCUCAUCCACCUCUCCACUCAGCCCCACAGAGAACAAUGCAGAGCGGCUGCGCAGGGCGACAGAGAGACUGCGUAGUCCUGUGGUCUUCAGUCAGGAGCCAGCUGUCAGGAAAACACAGCUGAGGUCCUUCAGUCAGUAUGUGGAGGUCAGACCAGAGGUAAAGCGUCAGAGAUCAGUACCAGAGGAUCUGAGGCGGGCGGGCGAGGAGAGAGGACUGGCACCAGACACCAAUGCUCGCAAGCCUUAUGAAGAUGAAAAAGCGUUCAAAGACACCAGUCAGUACGUGGUCGGGGAGCUGUCUGCACUGGAGAGCGAGCAGCGCCACAUCGACGCCCGGGCGGCGCGCGUGGAGAAGAGGCUGCGCUAUCUCAUGGACACAGGGAACAGUAAGGAAGAGGAAGAGGCCAUGAUGCAGGAGUGGUUCAUGUUGGUCAACAAGAAGAACGCCCUGAUCAGGAGACAGAACCAACUCUCUCUACUGGAGAAGGAGCACGAUCUGGAGCGACGCUUCGAGCUGCUCAACAGAGAGCUGAGAGCCAUGAUGGCCAUCGAGGACUGGCAGAAGACAGAGGCUCAGAAGAGAAGAGAGCAGCUGCUGCUGGAUGAACUGGUCAUACUGGUCAACAAACGAGACGCGCUGGUCAGAGACCUCGAUGCACAGGAGAAACAGGCGGAGGAGGAAGAUGAACACCUGGAGAGAACCCUAGAGCAGAACAAAGGCAAGAUGGCCAAGAAGGAAGAGAAGUGUGUCCUUCAAUGAUUGUCAUUUCAUUUCACACA